AAGGCGCGGAGGUGACUCUCUGGCCCGCACCCCACUGCUCUUCUGUUCCGUCUGACGUUGGACAACAAAGAUGGCGGCUGGGACGAGCAAUUACUGGGAAGAUCUCAGGAAACAAGCCCGACAGUUGGAAAAUGAACUUGACCUGAAACUAGUUUCCUUCAGUAAAUUAUGUACAAGUUACAGUCACGGUGGUGCCAGAGAUGGAAGACGCGACAGGUAUAGUUCUGACACAACACCACUUUUAAAUGGGUCGAGCCAAGACAGAAUGUUUGAGACGAUGGCAAUUGAGAUUGAACAGCUUUUGGCAAGGCUUACAGGGAUAAAUGACAAAAUGGCAGAAUAUACCAACAGUGCCGGUGUCCCCUCCUUGAAUGCAGCAUUGAUGCAUACGUUACAGCGACACAGAGACAUAUUGCAGGAUUAUACACAUGAAUUCCAUAAAACCAAAGCAAACUUUGUGGCAAUACGAGAAAGAGAGAAUCUCAUGGGAUCAGUGCGAAAAGAUAUUGAGUCAUAUAAAAGUGGAUCUGGAGUAAACAACAGGAGAACUGAACUAUUUUUGAAAGAACAUGACCAUCUUCGAAAGAACCCAUAUUGCAUUUACUUGCAUACUGUUUAGUUGCAUUUAGUACUUCUUCAGUCUCCUCUUG